CUUGCAUGAUUCUUCAGUGAUUUACACAGUAAUUGUUCCGAGGUUGACGCAAUCACUCACGUGACAGCCUGUCCGGGAUGAGCCCCACAGCGCGUAUGGCAGCUUCCACCUGCGCGUUGCCCGACACGGUUCGGUACCUUACAUACCCUGAUGUAGCGUAUUGACACAAGGCAUCUUGUCGUAGCCCAGGCAGAAGCCCAAGGAGCGCCCAGACCGACGAGAGGCUGGGAUUUGAAGCUAUUGAAUUUUCUGUCACCGCUGCCCUCCGUUCUAUGAGAGAGCGCCUCUCAUCACGUCGCCGAAAUGCCUGCCCCCGGCGACCAGCACACUAGCAUUCCCAACCCCUUUGAGGAACCCAAGCAGCGCAUAUCCGAGUACACUGCCCAGGAGAUUGCCACACUCCAGAGCCGACUCGAGAAGCAGCUCGGCCCGGAGUACCUCUCAUCACGCCCUGGCCACAAUGGCCAAAAGGUCUACUACAUCGGCGCCGAGAAGUGCAUUGCGCUUGCCAAUGAAGUGUUUGGCUUCAACGGAUGGUCAUCGAGCAUCGUAAACCUCCAGCUGGACUAUUGCGAUGUGGAGCCGAACACGUUCAAGGUCAACAUCGGCCUAUCCGUCAUCGUCCGGGUCACGCUGCGCGACGGCACAUACCAUGAGGACAUCGGGUAUGGCCACAUUGAGAACGGCAGGGGGAAGGCGGCUGCAUACGAGAAAGCGAAGAAAGAAGCAACCACAGACGCGCUGAAGCGGGCGCUGAGGCAGUUUGGAAAUGUGCUCGGCAACUGCAUCUACGACAAGGCAUACCUGGCAAAGGUCACCAAGAUGAAGGCCGCGCCAGUAAAGUUUGAUGAGAGCGGUUUACAUCGGCAUCCCGAUUUCGUUGUCAAGACGGAUCCGGUGGUGAAUCAGGUGUCCAAGGAGCAGACGAGUGCGCCGCAGCAGGCGCCGCCGCAGUUGCCAAGUGCAGAAUCAUUCGAGGAUUUCCUGGGAGAGCUGGACGAGGCAGACUUCAACAUUUCUGAUGAGGGCCAUCCAGACGAGGUUCUCCUACCUAACUCGAGUGAGACAUACUCAAAUCAGUCCAGUGCGUCGAACAGUAGCCGUAACCAAGCUGGCAAUGCCGGAAACAAGUCUAUGCAGCCCCCAGCAAGACAGUUAGCGAGGUCAGUUUCAGCAGGCAGCAACCCUCCUCGACAGGCGCCACAGACGCCAGUCCAGCAACCACCGCGGCCCAACUCCAACAACUUCCCCGGGGCACAGAACCGUGGUCCUCCUCAGGGUCCACGGCCUCCGCAGCAAUUCAACCAAAACAGGCCAGCGGCUCAGUCCAAUAGUGCCAACCAGAAUCAGAAUCAGAACCAGAACCAGAAUCAGAACGCUCAAGCUCACAAGGUACCUCCACAAGCCGCUGGAAACAACAGCGCGGCACCUACGAAAGAACCUGGCGACUUCUUUUCCGCCCGAGCCGUGAAACAGAUCCCGGAAGACAUCCUGGUCCAUGGCACGAUAGCCCCCAAAGCAGACCAAGCUUUUAACCCUCACUACGAAAGCCCGUCCAUCCGCCGGACGCCAGGCGUAGACCGCAGGACGAGCAGACCGGUGACCAAGAGCGGCCAGCACGUCCCACCGAGGAUAAGUAUCGCCGAUGACGUGAAUGACCCGGACAUCAGCGCGACUGCCGCGCCAAUCAAACCAGGUGCCAUGGGCGGACAACAACAACCAAAACAACAACAACAACAACAACAACAACCCGCCGCAGCUGCCGGCUCCGGUCCUAGUCGGCCAGUCGUGCAGAAUGGGAGACCGGGACCGGGACCGGGACCAGGGAAUGUUGUGAACCCACAGCUGGACCAGACAAGACGGAUCGGCGCGCCUCCUAUCUCGUCCAGUCCGGUCGGGAACCGCGGGCAGUUCCGGCCGCUGACUGUCAAGAGGCCUGCAGCUGUUGAUUCUUCUGGUCCUGGACACAACGGUGGUGGCGUGGCGAGGGUGCCGCUGGAGGACGUCUCGAAUAACCCGUUCCCUGGGGUGGGGGCUGCGGGAGGAAAUCCGUCUGAGCCGGAUGCGAAGAGACUGCGGACUUCGUAGGAUGAGUUCAUUUACGACGAAGGGUCGGUUUAGAUGAGGGAGGUGGAUUGGUUAGGAAGGGAGUGUGCGGAUCAGAUGUGGCUUAUGUGCGCGGGAUCGAACCGCUCCGGAUUGAGUUGCGCUCAUUGCUUCUGGGCUUUUCAUUACCUCAUCCUC